CUUCACACAGGUUGAUGAGCUCGGAUCCUCCGUCGCCCGCAGCAUCGAAGGAUGUCCUCGGCUAGUUCAUGCUAGCCACUAUGUGCUGAAAUGAGAAUGACGAGAUAAGAGCCGCGUAUUUAAGAUGCAUGCAGUUUAACUUACUCCGUCCAUCGUCUUCGAAUGAGUCCUGGCAUUUACAGCUUCAUUUUGCUGUGAAGCUACGGACACCCUGGACAGAUCACCAGUCCAUCGUAGGAAACACAGAAACAAACAACCAGUCACACACACAAUUACCUUUAUGGGGAUUGGACUGCCUGGGAGGUACACAAACGUCAGCCCAAAAGCAUCCAGUUCAACAAAGGAUAGUGGGGGUGGUAAUGUUCGCUGUCGGUUGAAGUCCACCUCGAGAGACAAAAUGAAGAGGCGGUUGCUCCGUGGCUUCCUGUCGGAGGUGUCGGUGCGGUUGGCGUUGCUCGUGGUGUUCCUUGUGACGGAGCAGCUUCCUCCUUUCUACCGGCAGAUCCAGCCGGAGGAGAUGUGGUUGUAUAAAUACAAUCAUGUUGAGAAUGACCAUGUGCCUACAUCCCUAAUGUUUAGUGUAGCUGUGCUGACUCCGCUCAUCACCAUCAUGGGUUUUAGCUUCUUGAAGAAGACGGAGCCAGGAGAUGUGAAGGAAGCGACACUGGCUGCGACUUUGACUUUGGUGCUGAACGGAGUUUUCACAAACGUCAUCAAACUUGCAGUCGGCAGGCCCCGACCAGACUUCUUCUACCGCUGCUUCCCUGAUGGACAGAUGAACCUGGAGCUGCGCUGCAGCGGUGACCCAGAGAUGGUGAUGGAGGGCAGGAAGAGUUUCCCCAGUGGACACUCCUCAUUUGCAUUUGCAGGAUUGGGCUUCGCUGCAUUCUAUAUCGGAGGGAAGCUGCGUUGUUUCAAUAUGGCAGGUCAAGGUCGUGCGUGGCGGCUAUGUGCCUUCCUUACUCCUCUACUUCUCGCCACCUUGAUCGCCAUCUCCAGGACCUGCGAUUACAAACAUCACUGGCAAGAUGUGCUGGUGGGCUCUCUGCUAGGUCUUGGGUUCGCCUGGGUCUGCUACAGACAGCACUACCCCCCACUCCAGGACCCCGACAGUCACCUGCCUCUGCGUCACAGAGAAGGUGUUCCUGCUGCACAGGAGCGCAAGCUGGCCAACUCCAACUACAUCCUCCCACGGUAGAGGAGGUCUCCGUCGGACUCCGGGUUACAUGGUAAUCGCGCCAAAACUGGCCACUUCCUAGAUGGACGGUUGUUUGCCACUCACCAUUGUCAGUGUUUUAUUUGAUUUUACUUCAUUUUUUAUCUUGGUUUAUUUAAGUUUGCGGAAACCAUGAAUGACGUUUUACAUGAUUGAAUUUUCUCUAUCUUGCACAGAAAGUCUGUGGCUGUAAGUUAAAUCACAUGACUAUAAAACAACAAACGUUGUGGUUACUAAGUGAAGUUAAAGGUACAGUUUGAAUGACUCGCAUAGGCUUUGUUAAUUAAACAUUCCUUUUGUCCUGAUGCUGUAUGACGGUUGUCGUUUGUGUGCUGAGCUUGAGAUGAAAUAAAUAUUUGUGUCCAA